CCCAGGCCCCCCACCCCGAACACACUCUUGGUUCCUGGGGGUGGGAGACAGGGGCCGGGGAAGUGGAAAACAAUCGCACUUUUCUGGAAAUCAGGCUCCGUAGCGCGGGACAGGGCUGUCAAGGAGAUCAUUGUGCGGAUGAGUGAGUGAUGCAGGUUUCGUUUCUCCAGGGCAGUAUGGGUGUGUGUCCCCUGCUCCUGCUACUCCACGUAGCCUUUGUGGCCCUCAGCACGGCCCAGACACUCCAUGACCCUUCAGGUCCAGUCCAGACCAUCAAACCUACACACCCUCCUCCCACAUCACCCGCUAUAGUCACCCAGGCACCCCCAUCAUCCACCCCAUCUGAGGCACCGUCUCCUGAACUUGUAACAACAGGGCUCAAUGACUCUGUGGGCGUGGUGACCCCAGAGGCUCCCACAGCCCCUCCUGUUGUCACCCCUCCACCUGUGCUCGUCCCUACCGAGGCAACACCCGCCCCCCCAACCCCAUCUGCCACGUCCCCGUCCCUCACCACUGUCAAGACUACAGUUUUGGCUUCACCUGACCCGACACCCACUCAGUCCACAUCAGAGCCUGAGACGGACACUCCAUCGGCCCCUACAGAUGCCACCACAGCUGACAUCAGCAAGCCUCCAGAUGAUGAUGGGCAAGAUGACACUGCGAUCAUGGCGGUGAUGGUUGCCCUGUCCUCUCUGCUGGUCAUUGUCUUCAUCAUCAUUGUCCUGUAUAUGCUCAGGUUUAAAAAGUACAAGCAGGCAGGGAGCCACUCCAAUUCCUUCCGCCUGACCAAUGGCAGAGCUGACGACACAGAGCUUCAGAGUGUGCCGCUAUUGGCUCGCUCUCCUAGUACCAACAGGAAGUACCCGCCCCUUCCUGUUGACAAGCUGGAGGAGGAAAUGAACCGCCGAAUGGCCGAUGACAAUAAACUCUUCCGGGAAGAAUUCAACGCGUUGCCUGUGUGUCCUAUUCAGUCCUCAUGUGAUGCUGCCUCGAAGGAAGAGAAUAAGGAGAAGAACAGAUAUGUCAACAUCCUGCCCUAUGAUCAUUGUAGGGUGCAUCUGACUUCUCUGGAGGGUGUUCCUGACUCAGACUACAUCAACGCUUCCUACAUAAAUGGAUACCAGGAGAAAAACAAAUUUAUUGCUGCACAAGGACCAAAAGAGGAAACGGUCAAUGACUUCUGGAGGAUGAUCUGGGAACAGAACACUGCCACCAUCGUCAUGGUAACCAAUCUGAAAGAGAGGAAAGAGUGUAAGUGUGCUCAGUACUGGCCCGACCAGGGAUGCUGGACCUACGGAAAUAUUCGCGUGUCAGUGGAGGACAUGAUGGUUCUGGUUGACUAUACCAUCCGCAAGUUCUGCAUUCAGCAGGUGGGUGAUGUGUCUGGUAAGAAGCCUCAGAGGCUGGUCACACAGUUUCACUUCACCAGCUGGCCUGAUUUCGGGGUUCCUUUCACUCCCAUUGGUAUGCUAAAGUUCCUUAAGAAGGUCAAGAACUGCAAUCCACAGUAUGCUGGACCCAUAGUGGUUCACUGCAGUGCGGGUGUCGGCAGGACUGGGACCUUCAUUGUGAUUGAUGCUAUGCUGGACAUGAUGGGGGCGGAGAGAAAGGUCGACGUCUUCGGAUUUGUCACACGGAUCAGAGCCCAGCGCUGUCAGAUGGUCCAGACUGAUAUGCAGUAUGUGUUUAUAUUCCAAGCUUUGCUAGAGCACUACCUGUACGGGGACACAGAGUUAGAAGUGACGUCUCUGGAGUCUCACCUGCUAGCUCCUUUACCCGGAGCUGGCUGUGGAGGCCUGGAGGCAGAGUUUAAGAAACUUACCUCCAUUAAAAUCCAAAAUGACAAAAUGAGAACAGGGAACUUGCCUGCCAACAUGAAGAAAAAUCGUGUUUUGCAAAUCAUUCCAUAUGAGUUUAACAGAGUGAUCAUCCCUGUAAAACGAGGGGAGGAGAACACAGACUACAUCAACGCCUCUUUUAUAGAUGGUUAUAGGCAAAAGGACUCGUACAUGGCAUGCCAGGGGCCGCUGCAGCACACUAUUGAGGACUUCUGGAGAAUGAUCUGGGAGUGGAGAAGCUGCUCUAUUGUUAUGCUGACCGAGCUGGAAGAGAGAGGACAGGAGAAGUGUGCUCAGUAUUGGUCUAGUGAUGGUGUGAUGGUUUGUGGGGACAUGUCUAUUGAGUUGAAGAGGGAGGAGGAAAGUGAAAGCUACACUGUUAGGGACCUCCUCGUCACCAAUAACAGAGAAAAUAAGUCUCGUGCUGUGAGGCAGUUUCAUUUCCACGGCUGGCCAGAGGUGGGCAUCCCAUCUGACGGGAAGGGUAUGAUCAACAUCAUCGCUGCAGUUCAGAAACAGCAGCAGCAGUCUGGAAACCACCCAAUCACUGUGCACUGCAGUGCCGGAGCAGGGCGCACGGGGACAUUCUGUGCUCUGAGCACCGUCCUGGAGCGGGUGAAGGCGGAGGGCAUUCUGGACGUUUUUCAGACGGUGAAGAGUCUAAGACUACAGAGACCGCACAUGGUGCAGACACUGGAGCAGUAUGAGUUCUGCUACAAAGUGGUCCAGGAAUACAUUGAUGCCUUCUCUGACUACGCCAACUUCAAGUAAAGGCCACGCCCACCUGCAGAAAAUCAGACAGACUUUCCCAGUCAUGCACUCACGUCCACACUUUCACAAAAACACCGCUAAAUGAGACCGACUGCCAGCGCAAAGCAAAAGGGAAUGAAAAACCUUUGGCCGGCAAGCACGAGAACACGUUGGUGCUGAAGAUGGAAAGAAAACAAACAAAGAAAACACCAUUAGAGAUGCCUUCUUGAAUAUUUUGUAAUAUUGCUCUUGUUAAUAAGGCCCUUACCCGUUUCUCUCAGUGUAAAUAUGCUCUUGUAUUUUUGUUUUGUUUGUUUGGUUUUAGAGGCCGUUUUUAGUGUGACCUUAAUAUAGUUUACUGGUAUAUAAAUGCAUAUAUGAAUAGCGCUAUAGAGACAGCCGUGAAAGAGAGGUAGCAAGAUGAGGGUGCUUUUCACUGGGUGUUUCAAAAAGAACUUCCUUCUUUCUCUGCAGUUGCGUGACUGAAACCUAUUUGAAUGGCAGCUUAAUCCCACUUGCCUGUAGCUACAUAGCACACAACCCGGCAAAAUCAACCAAUCGUGGUGCUUCAGCGACUGUAAACACGUGUAUUCGCGGAAAACCUUCACUGUGCUUUUCGAUUGUUUGCUGGAGUGACAGAUAUAAUUUUAAGUGUUUUGACACUCUCAUUGAGUCCAUUUUUUUUUUUUACAGGGAUCGUUUUU